AUGCCUCGUGCUACCGCCGGCACCCUGGUCCAGUGCGACCCCUCUAUCAAGGCCAUCAUUAGCAAAAUCAAUGAAGAGAAUGGCGGUCUUUACAUUUCCGAAGACAUUGAUGACGAGACCUGCUUAAUCAACACCAAGAAACUCGAUGAGCUCAAGCAAAAGCUCAAAGAUGCAAGCGCAAUACCUCAUCCUACGCAGAGCACCCACUGA